AAAGUUUUGGGGAGCCAGAGAAGAGUUGGCGACAGUGCACUAUUCACGACGACAACCGAGAGACGUAUCUCGAUCUCGACGUCAUCGUCACCGCUCGUAUCCUUCGUCGUACUUGUACGAGAAAAUCUACGUAGGAGAUAGGAACGCGGAACGUGUUUUUUUUUUCAAAUGGAAAUUGCAGCUCCAAUGUGAUUUGCAAUGAAACGUGUUCGCGGACUGGACGACAUACCAUCAACACCAACAAAGCACUCAUCAGUGAGUGCAGCAAGUGGCUUAGGUGGUGGAGGAGGUAGUUUAGAUUACCACUCUGGCAGUGGAAUAGGUGUUGUUGUACCUGGUCAAGCAGUUCGGUCUGUUGCGUCAAAAGAAAUGCCAGGAAGUAUACAGUUUGGCACUGCCCAAGCUCAACAACAAUACACUGGAGCGAUUGUUGUACCAACCGCAGCACCAUCUCCUAUCAAGCAGGCGAGUGGCUCCGCGGGAGGACUUGGUUCCACGUGUAGUAGUAGCAACAUAAAUACUGGUGGUGGUUUGCAUAGUGGAAUAGGUGGUGGUAAUAGUCACACAAUGACUUCCCAACAACCUACAUCAGGAUCACAAAAUCAAGUCCAUGCGCAACAGCAAUCGACAAUAAGGCAUAAGGUACAUUCUGGUAAUGUAACACCUUUGGCUUCCACUCCACCCGGCUCUAAUCUGGGAGGAGGAAGUGGAUCUCAACAAUUCCAGAGAUUAAAAGUAGAAGAUGCUUUAUCUUAUCUGGAUCAAGUAAAAUAUAAAUUUAGUGAUCAACCACAGGUAUACAAUGACUUCUUAGAUAUUAUGAAAGAAUUCAAAUCUCAAAGUAUAGAUACUCCGGGCGUUAUAACGCGAGUGAGUCAUCUCUUCAAAGGACAUCCCGAACUCAUCGUUGGUUUCAAUACGUUUCUCCCACCCGGCUACAAGAUAGAAGUACAAGCAAACGAACAAGGAUAUGCUUUUCAAGUAUCCGUCAGUAUGCCCAGUCCAACAGCAACACAUACCGCCACAUUGUCGCAGCAUCAUUGUACGGUGAAUGUUGGUUCACCUCCAGUAGCUAGUCCACCCACGCAACCUGCAAAAGCACCUCCCGUUUUGCAAAUAAUGCCAGGGUCGGGUAAUAUACACCAUACGUUGGCAAACAGUAUUACAACUAAUAGCUUAACUGUUCACGCGCCUUCACCGCCGCCAGUAUCAGUGUAUAAUAAUUCGCACGUUAGUACUGCACAAGCGCAAGCUGUCAGUCAGGCUUUAAAUCAAGCAGAUGGUGUGUCGACUGGUGGACAAACUCAACAAAGUCAGCCGGUUGAAUUUAACCAUGCGAUAAACUAUGUCAAUAAAAUAAAGAAUCGAUUCCAAGGUCAACCAGACAAAUACAAACGCUUUUUGGAAAUAUUGCAUACGUAUCAGAAAGAACAGCGAAAUUUAAAAGAAUCUGGUCAUAUGGGAGGUACAAGUUCCGGUGCGACAGGUGGAACGAAACACUUGACGGAGGCGGAAGUUUAUAGUCAAGUUGCUAAAUUAUUUGAAAAUCAAGAAGAUCUGCUUGCUGAAUUUGGACAAUUUUUGCCGGAUGCUACCAAUCAGCAAAACUCAUUGACUAAUAAGACGACAUCAGUUAACGAUCAUACGGCAAUUGUCAAGAAACCAAUUGGACUUAAGACACCUUACAAUAAUUCUGGUACUAUAUCGAGAGAUCUUCGAGAAGGUAGCAGUACGGUUGGAUUGGAACGCGACAAUCGAGAACACAGAGAACGAGAACGGGAGCGAGAUAGAUCGAACAUAAGAGAUAUGAAUAGUGGCCAGAAAUGCGGACACAGUACAGGACAAUUGAAAAGAAGUCCGUCAUUCUCGACUUCAGCGACUGCAGGAAAUUCUCAUCAUAUACAACAUGGUCCACCACCCUCGAAAAAGCAUAAAGUGGCUUCGAUGCGUGAUAUUUCUAUCGCAGAAGCUGGUAAAUACGGUACCUUAAACGAUUAUGCUUUCUUUGAUAAGGUUCGAAAAGCGCUCAGAUCGCAAGAUGUCUACGAAAAUUUUCUUCGGUGCCUUGUGCUUUUCAAUCAAGAAAUAAUAUCGAAAUCGGAGCUUAUUCAGCUAGUGACACCAUUUCUCGGUCGUUUCCCUGAAUUAUUACGUUGGUUUAAAGAUUUUCUGGGUUACUUAAUCGAUUCAUCGAGCACUACGGUGACAAAUGCAGGAAACGCCAUCGGAAUAGAAACUUUCCCAAACAGCAUUGUACGCAGCCAUCAAGAACGGCCGCAAGGUGACUUAGCGAUAGAAAUUGAUUAUACAGCGUGCAAGCGAUUGGGGGCAUCGUAUUGCGCAUUACCAAAAUCGUACAUUCAGCCAAAAUGUAGUGGCAGAACGCAAUUGUGUAAGGAAGUCCUCAACGAUACCUGGGUUUCAUUUCCAACUUGGUCAGAAGACAGUACAUUUGUAACAUCAAGGAAAACGCAAUACGAAGAAUCCAUAUACCGAUGCGAGGAUGAACGUUUUGAAUUGGAUGUCGUUAUAGAAACUAACGCAUCGACAAUUAGAGUGCUCGAGGGCGUUCAUAAAAAAAUGAACCGGAUGACUCAAGAGGAGGUACAAAAAUAUAAACUCGACGAGUGCAUGGGCGGUUGUUCCUCUACGAUUCAUCAACGAGCAAUAAAAAGAAUAUACGGUGAUAAAGCUUCCGACAUCAUAGAGGGUCUUAAAAGAAAUCCUAUAGUGGCUGUGCCCGUUGUACUCCGCCGACUAAAGGCUAAGGAGGAGGAAUGGCGGGAAGCGCAAAAGGGAUUCAAUAAAAUCUGGAGAGAACAAAACGAGAAGUACUACUUGAAAUCUUUAGAUCAUCAGGGAAUUAAUUUCAAACAGAAUGAUGUAAAAGCGUUGAGAUCUAAAAGUCUGUUCAAUGAAAUCGAAACAUUAUACGACGAGAGGCACGAACAGGGUGACGACGGUAAUGGCGACGGUCAAGGGAACAGUGGUCCACAUCUCAUUCUAUCGUACAAAGACAAGUCUGUAUUGGACGAUGCUGCCAAUCUCUUGAUCCAUCACGUUAAACGGCAAACCGCUGUCCAUAAAGAAGACAAACAACGGAUAAAGCUUUUGUUAAAACAUUUUAUACCUGAUCUUUUCUUCCAUCCUCGACAAGAACUUAGCGAUGACGAAAGGGACGAAGACGAUGAGAAGGACAAUGCAAACAUGGCAAACCAUUUACAAUCCACAACAAAUACUUCAUUAUUGAGUGGAUUACAAGCUAAUAGGAGUAAGGCUCCCGCGUCGCCGAGUACAUCUUCCGCUCCUAUCAAAAGUGAACCCGACGUAAAAGUACCAAUGCACGCUCUCUCGAGUGAUCCCGAGGAAGCGUAUACGCUUUUUAUGGGGAGUAAUAAUUGGUACCUUUUCCUGAGGUUACAUCAUAUACUAUGUGAAAGAUUAACAAAAAUGUAUGACAGGGCGGUUGCUCUUGCCGAAGAGGAAUCCAAGUAUAAACAGCAGCGCAGAGAAAGUACAGCGGUCGCUUUAAGAUUGAAACCAAAAAGUGAAAUUGAAAUUGAAGAUUAUUAUCCUGCCUUUCUGGAUAUGGUUAAAAAUGUCCUCGACGGAAAUAUGGAAAGCACAGCGUACGAAGAUACAUUGCGAGAAAUGUUCGGUAUUCAUGCAUACAUUGCCUUUACUCUCGACAAGGUCGUUAAUUAUGCGGUUAGGCAAUUGCAGCACCUAGUCUCAGAUUCCGUUUGUCAACAAUGCAUGGAUUUAUUCCAAAGGGAGCAACGUCAACCUAAAGAAAAUAGCGGAGCUGGCGGACUAUGCGCCACAGCGUACAUGAGAUUAAGCGCUGAAUUAUCAUAUCAACGCAAGGCAGAAAAAGCAAUGGCAGAUGAAAACUGUUUCAAGAUAUAUAUAUAUAAAAAGGACUGUAAAAUGACGAUGGAGUUGUUAGAUACAGAAGGCGACGAAACAGUGGAUAAUGGCUGUAGAGAGAGAGAAAGGGAAGGCGUUACAGUUUCUGAAAAAUGGUCAACAUACGUUGAGAGAUUUUCUGCACCAGCUGGUCAAACUAGUCCAAAAGACACUCCUGCCUUAACAGAGAAUGAGCAGACGACCAAUCAUCCUGUGAGUAACGACCAGGCAGCAAGGGGGGGGAGGGGCAGAAAACGCAAGAACACUGACAUUAGCAAAAAGAUUGACGGAAAUACUUGGGGUUCCUCAGGUAGGUCCUCAGCAGGACGUAAACCCACAUUUCUCUGUCGUAAUAUUAAAUCAUAUCGAAAGCAUGCCGCAAGAUUAAUGAGAGGGAAAACAUCUUUGCUUAAUGCUAAUCAUCCGGAUAAAGUCGCAGAAUCAAGCGAUACUCCAGACAUGAUCAAUUCCGACGAAACACAAUGUAGAUUUAAUCCUAAUAGUUAUACUAUGCUCUUCAUUGUCCACAAGGACAGAUUUCUUUACAAACAAAACUCCAUGAACCGUGCUAGACGGUGUCAUCCAGCUAUAACAAAGCGUAAGGAUUCCAAAUUCCAUCAUUGGCAUUCGUUAUGGAUAUCCAAGAAUGGCACAGAUAUUCAACAUCGAUUGUGUCAAGAUUGGUUGAUGGGACGAUAUGAGAAUUUGAUUCCUCACAGGACACGAGUGCUAACGGACAACGAUCAGACACGUUCUCCCUACCGGCAAUACAAUCGUUUUCGAGUAGAACGUUUGCAAUCUGAUCUGUUAACAGAGACUUGCGUCUAAUCCAAUUCGAAUGGAAUUUCUUACCGUCAUUAAAAAUUUCUCAAUAUCGCUA